ACUGCCACCGCGGUCCGCGGUUGUUGUAGGCUACUGUAAAUGAUCGUGUAAUCUCUACGUCUAGUGCACUCCCCAAUUUUAGGCCUACGCUGUUGUUGUAUUGUAGGUUUUUUUUAUUUAUGUUUUUCUGUAGAUACGGCAAUUGAAUUAUUAGCCUACCUUUCCAAAACCUUUUUGUUUUUGUUCAAGUUAAUCCUAUCACUUACAAUUACAAUAUGAUUGAUAAUCCAGAUCUGUUGACUACUGAAGAGAAAUUGAAACUAUCAUUGUAUCAUACAGUGUCGAAGAUAUGUCAUCAGACUGGUCAGGAUAAUUCGGUUGUUGGAGAAUUUAGUUUCUCCAAGGAUGCAAAUGAGUUAAUUUCGGAAUUAAUUUGGAAAAAGCUUGAAUCUUUUUCUCUUGAUCUAGAGUUAUUUGCAAAGAAUAGAAAACAGUCAACAAUAAAUAUUGAAGACAUACGGCUACUAGUUCGUAAAAAUGCAAGCAUGAAAGAACAUGUUGACAACAUGAUAUUGGUGAAUGGAUUGGAGAAAAAGCAAAGAUCAUCAAGAGCUGCUGAACCAUCAACUUCGACUGAACUCAAACAAUCAGAUGACAGCUGACCAUGAAAAAGACAUUUAUUCAUUUUUUCAAGAGUUCUAUCAAAAGCCCUCUUAUGUCUCUGUAUAAGGUUAAACGAUUACCUAAGGUUGUCAAGUGCCCAACUUUCUGAUACUGAGUGAAUGUGUUCCAUCACUUUGUGAAUUAUUGGUCAACUGACGAUUGGUGUAAGAAAGAUUUGUUGAUGAGAGAUGGAUUAUAUUUUAUUCGUCAGAAAAUAUAUUUUAAAAUGAUUCAAUAAUAAAUUUUCAUAAUUUUCAUAUU